GUGGCGGGAAUACACGCUGUCAAGCUGUCAAUUCUGUGAUGUCAUGACAUUCGCAACCGCCAAAACAGGAAAUGCAACGGAUGCCUGCUGCCAACGGAGAUUUACUUUCAUUCCGGUGUUGACCAAUCCUGCGAACGUGGUCAAAGCGGCAAGAUGAAAGUUCUGCCAGCAACUGCCCUGUGCGCGGCUCUCGCUGCCCACGGCCUACGAAAAAACUCUUUGUCGGUGGAUGGAGCUGUAGCGGCCGUUAUUGUCGGCUUCAUUACUUUUGUUUGUUCGGGUGAUCGGGAUGAUUUCCUCUUCUCGGGUUCGUUGCUCGGGUUUUAUCUGCUAGGAAGCCGUGCUACCAAGUUCAAACAGGAGCGAAAGAAAGAGUUAGAGGAGGACUUUCAAGUGGGAGGACAGAGGAACGCAAUACAAGUGCUGGCUAACGGAUUGACGGGCACAAUCAUCUGCGCGCUGCACUUCUAUCUCGUUCGGAUACAAGGCGAGGCUAGCACAGUGUGUUUCGGCGAUGUGAAGGGAGCAGGACUACUUCAUACGGCCGCGGUUUUGGCUUAUCUGGGUCACUAUGCAUGCUGCUGUGGGGACACACUGGCUAGCGAGCUCGGGAUCCUGAACCAGGGAGAUCCGUGGUUGAUUACGACUGGAAAGCGAGUCCCAAGAGGGACAAACGGCGGGAUCUCACCUCUGGGAUUAGCGGCUUCGGUGGGCGGAGGGGUGUUUGUUGGCAUCAUUGGUGCAAUAGGGUUGCCCUGGACAGAGGGAUGCCCUGGUCGAGCCCCUUAUUUGACCAUCGUCGCAUUGAGUGGAGCUGCAGGCCUUGUUGGGUCACUGAUCGAUUCGAUGUUGGGUGCUACUCUGCAAAAGUCCGUCUACAAUGCGCGGACAAAGAAGAUCACCAGCGACUUCCGCCAACUGCGGAAAGGGGAAAAGGCAGAGGAUUUGGUACAUGUUUCUGGGAAAGCUAUUUUGGAUAACCACCAGGUUAAUGCAAUCAGCUCGCUGCUAACAGCGGUGUUCACUGCAGCAAUCGGCGUAUAUUGGUAUACAUAGCGAGGGCGGUAGAACUAGUGAACGGCGGUAUUUCUACAAUAGAACCAGUAGGAGAGUAGGACAGUAGGACAGCGGGACAGCAGGGCAGCGGUAAUAGGUCCUUUAGGAUAUCGCCUCUGUCGCAGAAGAAUGUGAACAACUGUCGCCAUCUCCGCCUCACCGUUUCCUUUUCGAGCUCUUUGGGUUGCCCUGCGCGUCGACCGGCUUUGCAGCGGCACCCUUCCCAUUUUCGACGGGAUCAAACACUAUGA